AUGAGUCACAUAGAUUUGGACAAACCCCGUUAUGAUCAGAGUACCUACAUGGGUAGAGCGAAACAUUUCCUUCUGCUGACAAAUCCUAUGAACGUUUUCGCAAGCAACAAGCAACUCGAUGAUGCUAGGAAGAUUGUCACUGAGUUCAGGAAGAGUCGUAAGAUGCCGGCGGGGUACGACGAAGACAAGUUGUGGGCGACCAAGUAUCUGUACGAUAGUGCAUUUCACCCUGACACAGGAGAAAAGAUGAUCGCCAUUGGAAGAAUGUCAGCUCAAGCGCCCAUGAAUACUAUCAUCACGGGAUGUAUGAUAACGUUUUAUAAGACAACAGCAGCUACCGUGUUUUGGCAAUGGGUCAAUCAAACAUUUAACGCCCUUGUAAAUUAUACUAACAGAGGGGGGGAUGCGCCAUUACCUACAUCCCAGUUGUUGGCGUCGUAUUGUGCCGCUUGUGGUGGGGCGUUGUCUACAGCACUUUUUCUCAACAGCAAGGUUAAGAACCUGCCCCCUAUUUAUGCUUCCCUGGUACCUUUUGCCGCCGUCUGCGGCGCCAACUUCAUAAACAUACCUAUGAUGAGGAGCGGUGAACUGUUGAACGGUACGCCGGUGUUCACGGCGGACGGUACUCGGGUCGGGAACUCUAAGAGGGCGGCCAAAUAUGGAAUUGGACUCGUCUGCAUCUCGAGGGUGUUGAUGGCUGUGCCAGGAAUGACGUUGACUCCUAUCAUAACGAACAUAGCCACGAGGCGCGGCUUGUUCUGCCGGCGACCCUUGAUGGUGAUACCGUUCCAAUUGUUUCUGGUCGGUCUGUGUGUUACUUUCGCCACGCCGCUGUGUUGCGCCCUCUUUGAACAGAAGGCUUCCAUAUCCGUGGACAAUCUUGACCCAGAGCUCAGGGAUAGUGUCAGGAAGAACUACCCAAAAGUAAAAGAAGUUUACUUCAACAAGGGUCUAUGA